AUGGCGGCGGGGGCGUGGGACAGCCACUCGCCCUUGGGUGUUCUGGUAGCACCGCCGGCAGCCUGUCUGCGGCCCCAAAGGUGCCACGUAUUGGACCGUCCAGUCUGGACCUAUGGGACCUGCGUUUAUGAAGCCCUUGAUCUGUGGCUUGUGCACCCGGGGAACCGGAAGGAGCUUAAUUCCGUCGCUUCGGAGCUGUCUGCACGGCAGGAGGAGAGCGAGCAUUCUCAUAAACAUUUAAUUGAACUCCGCCGGGAAUUUAAGAAAAAUGUACCUGAGGAAAUCAGAGAGAUGGUGGCUCCUGUAUUAAAAAGCUUCCAAGCCGAGGUGGUGGCCCUUAGUAAGAGAAGUCAGGAGGCCGAGGCCGCUUUUCUGAGUGUUUACAAGCAGUUAAUCGAAGCACCAGAUCCCGUGCCUGUGUUUGAGGCGGCGCGCGGCCUAGACGACAGACUGCAGCCCCCCAGCCUCGACCCCGGUGGGCAGCCCCGGCGAGACCUCCACGCUUCGUGGAAGAAGAGCCCCGAGCUCCUCAGCCCCAAAGAGCAGAGAGAGGAGACGUCUCCCGCCGGGCCCACGCUGACCGAGGGCAGCCGCCUCCCAGGCCUUCCCGGGAAAGCCCUCCUGACAGAAACCUUGCUGCAGAGAAAUGAGGCGGAGAAACAAAAGGGCCUUCAAGAAGUACAAAUCACUUUGGCAGCCAGACUGGGGGAGGCAGAGGAGAAAAUCAAAGUCCUACAUUCAGCGCUGAAGGCCACGCAGGCAGAGCUGCUAGAGCUGCGGCGGAAAUAUGACGAGGAGGCCGCGUCCAAGGCAGAUGAAGUCGGCCUGAUCAUGACCAACCUGGAGAAAGCCAAUCAGCGAGCCGAGGCUGCCCAGCGGGAGGUGGAGAGCCUUCGGGAACAGCUGGCUUCCGUCAACAGCUCCAUCCGCCUGGCCUGCUGCACCUCACAGGGGCCCAGUGGGGACAAGGUGAACUUCACGCUGUGCUCAGGGCCCCGGCUGGAGGCGGCGCUGGCCUCCAAGGACAGGGAGAUCCUGCGGCUGCUGAAAGACGUUCAGUAUCUGCAGAGCUCGCUGCAGGAGCUGGAGGAGAGCUCCGCCAGCCAGAUCGCCGGCCUGGAGCGCCAGCUCACGGCCAAGGCCGAGGCCAUAGAGAAGCUGGAAGAGAAACUCCAGGCGCAGUCAGACUACGAAGAGAUCAAGACAGAGCUGAGGUACGGUGGCAUGGCCAAGCCCGAGGACCCGCUGCUCAUGGCCAAGGACGCCUUCUUCCCAGCGCAGAAGUUCCUUCUGGAGAAGCCCGGGCUCCUGGCCAGCCCUGAGGAGGACCCAUCGGAGGACGACUCCAUCAAGGACUCGCUGGUCACGGAGCAGCCCUACCCUUCCCCCCAGCAGCUCCCGCCCCCGCCGGGGCCCGAGGACCCUCUGUCCCCCAGCCCCGGGCAGCCCCUGCUGGGCAGCAUCACCCCAAGAAUCCGCACGCCGGAGACGGGCUCGGACGAUGCCAUCAAGAGCAUCCUGGAGCAGGCCAAGAAGGAAAUCGAGUCCCAGAAAGGCGAAGAGUCCGGCCAGCCGCGGGCCUCGCUUGGCGGCCCGUCCCGCACUCGCACGGGAGUGCUGGGCCUGUCCCAGGGCAGCGUGAGCGACAUGCUGUCCCGGCCGAAGCCGUGGAGCAAGCUGACGCAGAAGGGGCGGGAGCCUUUCAUCCGCAUGCAGCUGUGGCUCUCAGACCGGCUGGGCCCGGCCGCCGCCCCACAGCCCAGCGCCACGCAGGCCAGUCCCACUGAGCCGAGGUCCUCACCGUCCCCGCCCCCGAGCCCUGCAGAGCCCGAGAAGAGCGCCCAGGAGCCCUUGAGCCUGUCCCUGGAGAGCAGCAAGGAGAAUCAGCAGCCCGAGGGCCGCUCCAGCUCCGUGCUGGGCGGGAAGGUGUGCACGGGCAGCCCGGCUGCCGGGGGCAUCCAAGAGAUCGUGGCCAUGUCCCCCGAGCUGGACACCUACUCCAUCACCAAGAGAGUCAAGGAGGUCCUCACCGACAACAAUCUAGGGCAGCGGCUGUUUGGGGAGAGCAUUCUGGGGCUGACGCAGGGCUCCGUGUCCGACCUGCUGUCCCGGCCCAAACCCUGGCACAAGCUGAGCCUGAAGGGGCGGGAGCCCUUUGUCCGCAUGCAGCUGUGGCUUAAUGACCCCCACAAUGUGGAGAAGCUGAGGGACAUGAAGAAGCUGGAGAAGAAAGCCUACCUGAAGCGCCGGUACGGCCUCAUCAGCACGGGCUCAGACAGCGAGUCCCCAGCCCCGCGCUCCGAGUGCCCCAGCCCCUGCCUGCAGCCGCAGGAGCUGAGCCUGCUGCAGGUGAAGAAGCCGCGGGUGGUGCUGGCGCCCGAGGAGAAGGCGGCGCUGCGGAGGGCCUACCAGCUGGAGCCUUACCCCUCGCAGCAGACCAUCGAGCUCCUGUCCUUCCAGCUCAACCUCAAGACCAACACCGUCAUCAACUGGUUCCACAACUACAGGUCCCGCAUGCGCCGGGAGAUGUUGGUGGAGGGGACCCAGGACGAGCCAGACCUCGACCUGAGUGGGGGUCCUGGAAUCCUGCCACCCGGCCACUCGCACCCGGAGCCUACCCCGCAGAGCCCUGACUCUGAGGUGGAGGAGCAGAAGCCCGCUGUGCAGGACCUGGAACUCCAGGAGGUCUCUGAGGAGAACGACGUGGCCCCAGACGCCCAGGACACCACCCGGGUGAGGAUCAAGCAAGAGCAGACCGAGGAGGACACAGAGGUGGGGACGGGCAGCCAGCCCCAGGACUCAGGGCAGCUGGACCAGGGCCAGGGGUCCCCCAAAGAGGAGCAUCCUGACCCUCCCAGUCACGACGGACCCCCAGAAGUGGCCCCAGGGCCCCUCCUUCCGGGUGGAGCCACCCCCGACUGCCCCUUGAUCCAGCCCCCCCAGGAGAGCGAGGCCGGGGAGCGGCUCCACCCGGACCCUCUGAGCUUUAAGGCGGCCUCGGAGUCCUCACGCUGCAGCCUGGAGGUGUCACUGAACUCGCCCUCAGCCGCCUCCUCGCCAGGCCUCAUGAUGUCGGUGUCACCCGUCCCGUCCUCCUCAGCCCCCAUCUCCCCUUCCCCACCCGGCGCCCCCCCUGCCAAAGUGCCGAGUGCCAGCCCCACCGCCGACACAGCCGGGGCCCUGCACCCCAGCGCCAAGGUGAACCCCAACUUGCAGCGGCGGCACGAGAAGAUGGCCAACCUGAACAGCAUCAUCUACCGACUGGAGAGGGCCGCCAAUCGGGAGGAGGCCCUGGAGUGGGAGUUCUGAAGGCAGGGGUGAGGGGGCCAGGGACAUACGCCGGUGACCACCUUCCUCCUCUCACUCACUCUCCCGGACGUGACCGGGCGAGGGCGGGAGGAGCCAUCCGCGGACAUGUGGACAGCAAUGUUAUGCCGUUUACAGUUUUUGUUGUAAUUCUAGUCCUGUGACAUUGCGAGGGAGCAGGUGGGUCCGGUGCCAUGGCUUCCUCUUUUCCACACCCCUAGCCCCAGGGAUCCCAGGAAUCCUGCCCCUCCUCUGCACCCUGGCCUCCCCCUCCCCCUGCAGGAGGCGGAAGCAAAAUGGCGCCACCUUUUCACCUGAAAACUCCAAACUCUUUUAGAAAAAUUAAAUAAAUAUUUAUAGACCUCUUUUAGAUAUUUUAAUAAAGGAUCCUUUGGAAUUUA